CCCAGUCGAACGCGGUCCUUGUUCCCAAUGAGUCAACGUCUUGUUCUGAACCACCACGUUUGCCUGCGCGGAGUGGAUUGCAUAUUAUUUCUCUGAUGUACCUUCUCCUCGAGGAGACUCCACAUAAAUGCGGAGAUGAUACGUCCCGAUUUAGCCCAGUGCAAUCAAUUUGACACCGACAGGCGGCACUUCAGCAUGACCUGCUGUUGCAACACAACAUUCGUUUGAUCCACCACUACAUACUUGUACCACAAGAAUCGUUUGAUCCUCAUCAAGCAGUUAGCAACUAUGGACCGCGAGCAACAAACGGCCGGUCUGCUCGCACCGACACCCGAGGCCCUGGCCGCUGUGGCCGUGUUUCCCCUAAUUGUUGCGCUGAGGAAGGAUGCAGCUGAAACUAUCGACAGCGCAUUAAGCUGGGACCAGCUCACGGCUUCCGACAUCAAUUUUUCGAUUGUUCGCCCACUAGUUCUCAAGUACGCGAAGCUCAAGAAUCCGGCUGUUGUCUAUGCGUGUCUUGUGAACAGGGCCUAUUUUCUCCAAGAGUGCGAGGAAGACCUUGCGUAUGCAGGUGUCAUGCUGUCUCGCGCCACAUUAUGCGAGAUCCUGGCGAUGAAGCUUCUCAGCCACUUCGCGUCCAAUCAUAUCACUCUGGUUGCGGUCUUGACAAGUCCCUGGAGUCCGCUGGCCGGAGCAUCAGCCGAGGUCGUCCAGCAAGUCAAGCAAGUGCUGGGCUCCAAGGACCAGCUCCAAGAUGGUCAAAGCGCCCUUGAGAUGGCGAUAUCUACCAACGCAAAACACUUUGUCGCCAGUCCCGUCACUCAAAAAGUCGUAAAUGACAUAUAUUCCGGCAGGAUUGUUUUCAGCACUGCCACGCAUCGUUCUAUGCUUGCCGACAAUUACAAGCCCAGGGCAAUCACGAUUUACGACUCGCGCGACGCUCCCUUCCUAGAUCAUUAUCGGCUACACGUGCCAAAGUACGGGGCCAUCCUGGAGUUUCUCAACUUCGUGUGUCUGUUGAUUGCCUUUGUUCUGUGUCUCUCGAACAAGGAUGCAGCCAGGCUGACCGUCUGGGAAAUCGUUUUCGGAGUUUUUGCAUUCGCGUUUGCCCUCGAGGAAUAUACCGCUGCGAAUGAAAGAGGCUGGAUAAUCUACAUCGCAAAUAUUUGGAACGUCUUUGACACGAGCUUUGUUCUGAUAUGCCUCAUCUACGGUGGGAUGCGCAUCAAAGGGCUGGUUAACCAGGAUCUGGCAUUGUCCGAAACUGCAUUCGACACAUUGGCUUGCGGGGCUUGUAUCCUGUUUCCUCGGCUGGCGUUUUUCGCUGUGUCUUCCAAUGUGAUAAUAAUAUCGUUGCGUGCCAUGGUUGCAGAGUUUGUGUUCUUCAUGGGCAUGGCAGCGAUAUGCUUUUCAGGUCUGCUUUUCACGCUCUGGACGCUUGGAAAAGAACGCUGGCCAGCCAAGAAGAUUGUUUGGUUGAUGGUCGAGAUCUGGUUUGGUAAUACAUAUCUUUCUUUUGGACAAGCAGAGUCUUUCCAUCCCUUCUUUGGCCCUAUCCUCAUGACCGCAUUUGCUGCUCUCUCGAACACGUUGCUACUGACCAUCCUCAUCUCCAUACUUUCCAACACGGUUGCUCGGAUCGACGCGAAUGCCACGCAAGAACACCUGUUUCAAUUUGCAAUCUCGACUGUGGAAAACGUGCAAGCAGAUGCCUUGUUCUCAUACCAACCGCCUUUCAACGUGCUUGCGCUGGCCGUGCUGAAACCCACCAGCUACUUCGUCUCACCUCGGACGCUGCAUUCUCUGAAUGUGUUCCUCAUCAAAGUGACCAGCUUCUGGAUUCUUGUUCCGAUCGGUUUGUACGAGCGAUAUCUUGCGGAUGGCCAGUACUUGCGUCAGUCAUCUCGGGAUGCUGCGCACAAUCUCUUCAACAGUCUCCCGCGACAAGUGAAGAACAUGCCCAUCAUCGAGGCCAUUGUUGGAUCCACUUCGAGCAAUCUUUACGACGCGAUCUUUGCGCUCGACGCUGACGUCUCUCCGGACUUGUUCCACGAUUCGGACGACGAGAGACCGCAGUUGCGGUCGGUGGCAUCCCGCGAAACGCUGCCCUCUCUCCGUCACAGAGCGUCCUUCACCAGUCUUGGGGCCACUUCUCGUCAGCUCAGCCCCACUCCCUCUCCGCGUAAGAGAGUAGUCAGCGCGAUAGCUACUCUGGAUACAGCAUCAGCCGAAAUCUCCACUGGAAAUCGCAGUCCUCUGGCUCGAUUUUUUGCUCAUGUCGAUCCACCAUCUCCGGCUGCCCCGGUCGAGGCCAGCGUGAGAAGAAUGGAGACCAUCAUCGACGACUUGCGUGAUCUGCCCGUCAGCAGACUCAAGGACGAAAUGCGUGAGCUGCAGGAGAGACAGGCACGGAUUGAGCAGCUUUUGCUUACCUUGACCCGGGGAAUGCGGAGCAGCGAUACCAGCACUCUCAAGUAGAAUUUAAUUAUGACUCAGUAGCGGUCAGAAAUUGAUCCGGAGCUCAUUGCGCGUCAGGCGGAUCAUCGGGGCGCCCCGGCUCGUCACCCUCCAAUUGCCACUACCACUUACCUCGGGCAUGACCUUUGCAUUUGCACCCUGGACGAGUGGAUCCACUGGUGUGGACCUUGAUUCUUUCUCACACUUCCUUAACACGCUCGUUCAUGUGGCUCCGCCAACAUCACCGAGCCUGGGAGUGUCACUGUUCGAUCUAUCUAUACCAAUGCUGCUGUAUUAUCUUACCAAUGUACUCGCACUGUUGGGUCCCACGACCUUUCUGCAUCGUCUGGCGUUGCUUCCCUUCAUCUUAUUCUCCGCCUACCGUGCUACUACAAGGGUGGAUCUGGCGGCCGUGCUGUCAGAAUCACACGCUGCAGAGAUAGGAUACUUGAAGCAGGUUGUUGCACUCGGCAUGUUCACCCUCUCCACCCGCUCGGUCUCCCGCACGUUUGCAUCUCGGACACCCGUUCGCAGAGCUGCGCUCGCAAGAACAGAAAGACGGCUUCUGCUUGACGCUGCUGACUUGACUCUGAAUCUUCGUGGCAUCGGGUGGAACUUUGCCGAGGACACGAAGAUACCGGCACAAACGCGACCCUCGUCUCCCUCUGCAUUCGUCACCUCAACCGCGGGGUCGCUGAUAUUCCACGUUGUCGCCUUUGACUUUAUUCUGUACUGGUGCCAGAGUUUCGACCCCGCGACACUGGGCUCGACCGUCGGGGGAAGCAUCUACGGCCCAGAGACUUCAAGCACCGCGAUCCGCCUUCUCCGCUCGCGCUCAAUCACCCUCCUAGUCGGGUUGAUGAUCUAUGCUGCCAUCCAAAUCGGGCACGAUGCAGCCGCCAUCAUCGCAGUCGCGGUGUUCCGCCAGGCGCCGAGCGAGUGGCCGCCGGUAUUCGACGCUCCGUGGUUCUCGACGUCUCUGUCCGAGUUCUGGGCUGUGCGCUGGCACCAGAUGUUCCGGCAAGAAUUCAUCGCGGUCGGGUUUAAGCCGAUGCAGCGAGUAGGCGGGCGGGUGGCCGGCGUUCUCGGCGCAUUCGGGGUCUCUGGCUUGCUUCAUUUUGCAGGCAUGUGUGGGAUGGGGAAAGGGGCGGACAUCAGAGUGUUGCUUUUCUUCCUUGCCAUGGGGGUGGGCGUUGUUCUGGAAUGUGCGGUCUGGCGGCCCAUUGCUGGUUCGAGGGUCGGUGGAUGGUGGGGAGCUCUUUGGACCUACGGCUGGCUGCUGGCUUUCGGGCCAUUGAUGAGUGAGCCGUGGUGUUUGGCCGGUCUUGUCGGUAGCGUAUUCUUACCUCAUGGCAUGAGACCAUCGGUCCUGGUCCAUAGUUUAUUCUAACGCUGACUCUGAUGGCAUCAUCAGAGCGCCCGAACGACUCAGGAGUCACUGGCCGAGCGCCCAUGCUCGCUACCACAGUCAGCGCGAUCCUUGGUCUUUAUCCACUUCCCCAUUGAACUUCCUACGUAACUAUGUCGGUGCGUGUGCCGCUGAAUCUGCAUAGUCUGUGCACAGAAGUCUUGCCACCUUUUCUCCUAUUCUAUGGGUUCAAUGUGUUGGCAACUUACGGCCCAAGCACAAUGGCCUAUCGAGUGGGGCUACUGCCCGUGAUCCUAUUUUCCGCACAACGUGCCGCUGUCGGCGUCGAUUUGACGAGACUCGUUCGCCCCGACAGUCCAGGCACGGCGGGAAUGGUCAACCAGGCGUUUGUGCUGAUGAUGUGGUUUAUCGCUGCACGCUCCCUCACUCGAACCAUCUCUUCCACAUCCCCCAUACGACGAGGGUCUCCUACCCGGAGAUCGACGGUUCAGGUUGCUCUGGAUGCAGCCGACCUGACGUUCAACCUUCGAGCUGUUGGGUGGAACAUCUCUCGCGGGACCAAGUUGCCUCCCCACACCCGUUGCACUGCUUCCAGGACGCGGUUCUCCUGGCAGACCUUCUUGUCGUUGGUGACGCAUCUCCUGUUAUCCGAUCUCGUCCAUUAUUCCUUCCAGCUCUUGGGUCCCACGACGUUCACCACGCCGCUGGGCGGCAGUAUGUACGACACGACCGUCCAGAGUCCGUUCCUCAAGCAGCUCCGCAUCGGCGCGUUGAUAGUCUUGCAUGGGCUGAUUAUCUACUGCACUGUCCAGAUGUUCCACGACGCGUGUGCACUGGUCGCCGUGGGAGUGUUCCGUCAGGAUGCGCGCGAGUGGCCUCCCAUCUUCGACCGCCCCUGGCUUGCCACAUCCCUCACCGAUUUCUGGUCAUAUCGGUGGCAUCAGACGUUCCGCGAGGAGUUUAUUCUGCUGGGAUUCAACCCUCUGGCGUCUCUCGCGGGUCCCGCCGCCGGGGUUCUCGGUGCCUUUCUGAUGUCGGGAUUGCUCCAUUAUAUCACUGUGUGGGCCCUGGAUCAGGUGGCAGACAAGAGAAUCGCUCUCUUCUUUGUCGCUAUGGCUGUCGGUGUCAUCUUCGAGAAAAUUUGGGCGCAAAAGACAGGGCGCCGUGUGGAGGGUCAUUGGGGCCGACUCUGGACGUGGAGCUGGUUGUUGGCAUUUGGUCGUUUCUUUGUUGAGGCCUACUGUUUGAGUGGACUGUUGGGCAAUGAAAUCUUCCCGUGGGAACAAAGGCCUGCCAUCUUCCUGUACCGACUAGUAGAUUUCGUGCGGCUGUAUCCUCACUAGACUUGCUAUAAUCCGUCUUAUUGGAUCCUCCUACUAUUGAUAAGAUAAUCGAUAAACGGGUCGCUGAACGACAAGACGAUCGACCAAACACAGACAAACGCAUCCUUUUGCUCUCAUCUCAUCUCAAAUGGCUGAUCGCGGUCGUGGCUCAGCGCGAGGAAAUGCGCGUGGUGCGAUGGGUGCUUCCGCCCGCGGUGGGCGUGGCGGAGCACAGGGCUCCGGACCUACCAUGGACAAGCCGAAGCGCGAGGCCAUCCUAGACCUGUCGAAGUAUGUCGACCAGCGCAUCCGAGUAAAAUUUACGGGAGGGAGAGAAGUGACUGGGAUCCUCAAGGGUUACGACCAGUUGUUGAACCUGGUGCUGGAUGAAGUGGAGGAACAGGCCUCAGAGCGCGAAUUUUCGCCUCGAACACUUGGCCUGGUCGUGCUUCGCGGGCCCACAAUCACGCUUCUGAGCCCCGUCGACGGGUCUGAGGAGAUCGCCAAUCCUUUCGUAGGACAAGAAUAGUCUUCGCAAAACCGCUUUUCGUAUCAGUCUGUAACAACAAGUUCUAGUAUUCCAAUCCAUAUGGGCAGGCCGCGCGCUCAGUUGAUCUUC